CGCAAGUCAAAGUCAGGCUGCCUAGGCUAAGCUAUGUUGUCGUUUUAAUACUUUAAGGAAUAAAAAAAUGAAAUUCACUUUAUGCGGGCAAUUGUAUGUACUGUUUGCACUGUUUUGGAUUGUAAAAGCCAACUUCAAAAGAAGAUCGCCAUGUUUUGCGAACUAUCACAAUGGUACAUUUGGCAGUCAAACGAAUGGAACUGUCUCUGUUAGCAAAGAGGACAUUUAUAAUUUCCACUAUAUAGACCAUUUAAGAAACGAUACGGCAGUGAUUGUUCAAGUUAAUUCUAAUGCAAGUCACAACUUUCCUUUACUGGUUGUCAUACAACAACAGAAAGGUGUUUUAUCUUGGACAAUUCCAUUUUCUGGCCAAGAGAAGUCAACAUACGAAACAACAUCUCAUGUUUUAUGUCCUGAUAAUCAAUUCAUAAAGACAAAUAUGACAAAUCCUUUUUUCUGGGUGUCAUUGUCGUCUUCAUCACCAUCUGUCGUUGCGUAUUCUCUUUAUCCCAAACUUUUAGACAAUUUUAUGUUAAACCUUGAUCACUCUCAAACAGUUUAUGCGUCACCUUCCGAACCGAUGAUAAAUGCUUUUGAGUUUUCUAAAGAUGUUGAUACAGUGCUUGUGAAGGCAGAAUCUAGGAUGUCAGCUUGCAGUAUUCUCUCAGUGCAAGGUACCAAGUGUCCGAUAUUUGAUCUUGAACGAAAUGUCGAAUUUACUGGAAAUUUUCAGACAAUGAGAUACAAAUCUGGAAUAGUCGUGAAGAAAGACGAUUUUCCUUCGUAUAAGUUUUACAUUGUAACUGUCGUACUGGUUGAUAACGAAAGAUGCAAAUCGGGGAAAAAUAAUAAAAAUCCUUUUAGAAAUGAUGAUAUCUUUAGAGGCAGUAGUUCUGUUGAUCAUGGUUUGAAGAAAAACAAUGUGAAAAAUGAUAGAAAGAAAUCUGUAACUCUUAAAAUAGUCAAGAUACCAUCAGAGAAUGAAUAUACCAAGGCUAUUGUGAUUCCUAUUCUCGUAUUUUCAUUUGGAUUCUACGUCCCCUCGGCAUUAUAUAUUUUAUAUCAAUAUAAAAAUGGGGCGAGAAAACUUUCUGUUCCAUCUCAGGAUAUUUUAGAAGACGAAGAUGAAGGUAUCAUGCCUGAGGGAGGUGGUACGAUUUCCAACUAUGGAACUACAGAGAGAGGCAAUGUUACGACGACGAGUGCCCAAAGCCAGACUUCAGAACUAAAUGAUAUGCAAACAAUACAACAAAGCAUUGACGAUGGUAGUCAGGUGGACGGGGAAUUUGAUUUUCUUCAUGAUAUCGAAGAAGACAAAGAAAUCUACAGAUUGAAGAAAGAUCUUUGUUUGUCGGAUUUAUCGAAAAAGAAGAGAAAGCGACUGCAAAAGAAAUAUAGUCUUUAUUGCUGGAAUCUUAUCAUCAUUGCUGUGUUCUACGCUUUACCUGUCGUUCAGCUAGUCUUUACUUAUCAAAGGGUAUUGAACGCUAGUGGUGACCAAGAUAUUUGCUAUUAUAACUUUUACUGUAGUCGUCCUUUGGGACCUGUAUCGUCAUUCAAUAAUGUCUACAGCAAUAUUGGUUACGUCAUGUUAGGAAUCCUCUUCUUUUUAUUGGUUUGGAGAAGAGAUUUACAACACCAGAGAGAAUCUGUUAAUGACGAGCAUCUAGGAAUUCCACAACACUAUGGAAUAUUUUAUGCCUUAGCUCUAUCUUUAAUCAUGGAAGGAAUAUUAAGUGCCUGUUAUCAUGUUUGUCCAAGUUACACAAAUUUUCAAUUUGACACGUCGUUUAUGUACAUCAUUGCCUGUUUGAUCAUUGUACAACUAUAUUCAACCAGACAUCCUGAUCUCGCGGCCAAACCUCACAUCGUGUUUGGAACGUUUGCAGCUAUUAUUUUGGUUGCUGUUUCUGGUGUGGUUUUUACGUCAUUCGCGUUCUGGACAAUAUUCUGCUUCGUUCUCAUAACCUUCAGCGUUUACUCGACAACUCAAAUGUAUUACAUGGGAAGAAUCCGUCUGUCUUUUUCGGAGAUAAAAAGAUCUUUUAUUUUUUUAAAGCAUGAUAUUUUUUCGUGUCCUGUCUACAAGGACCGGAUGGUUUUGCUGCUGUUGGCAAAUCUUGUAAACUGGGGAUUGGCAAUUAAUGGUAUGGCGACUGAACCUAAAGAUUUUGCUUCUUAUUUACUGGCGAUUUUAAUCGUGAAUGGAUUAAUAUAUUUAUUAUUCUACGUGGUUAUGAAGAUAAGAAACGGAGAAAAGAUAUUCUUAAUAUCUAUUCUUUGUUCUCUUCUAACUCUUAUUUGUUGGACUGGUUCUCUCGUGUUCUUUUUACAAGGUCUGACAUCAUGGCAGACAGUGACGGGCGUUAUUCCGCUAACGCAAUGGCGGGCUGGGAAAGGGAUCAAUCGGUGGCAGAAAUUAUUCAUAGCUUGAACCGAGGUCAGCCCGAGGUCUAACCGCGGUGAGACGGAGGUUAAAGCACGGCCUAACUCGGUCUGACAAAUAUUCCUUAAGACUUUUUCGAUUUAGUUAUUGUGUUGUCCUUCUCAGCUGUUCAUAACAUUUUGUUUGGAAGCAAACGGCCACUGCGAAAUUAUAUAUUUUUUUUACUUGCGGUCGUCUGCGGUUUCCAUCGGUCGACUGCAACCGAAUAGGUUAUUUCUGGAUCAGUAAUGUAAAAUAAAACUGUAUAAAAUUACCGUGGUCAAGUGAUGUUUUGUUUGGCGAAUUAGGUAGAUGUAAAUUGCAGCUUGUUCGAUAAAGGUUAUAGCUGUAAUAAUUGUAUAUGUAU